GUGAGGGGAGGGCUGAGUGACCGGCAGUGACCCCGCGACUCCUGAGCGCAGCAACUCCACUGAGAGAGAGGGAGGCACACACACACAGCGGUUAUAAGUGAGCCCCGGGGGAGGGGAGCUGGGCCCUGCCGCCGCCGGAGUGACUAAGGGCCGUGUCCAUGGAGCUGGAGCGGCUGCCGGAUCAGGCGGCAGAGGGGCCGGAGGGGGAGCAGGCCGCCGCCGCUGCCGCUCCUCUGCUGCCGGCUCUAGGCCCAUGAGCGCGAGCGGAGGCCGCGGCGGCGCGGUUGCUAUGGAGCCCCUGGAGGCCUUGUUCAGCCCCGAUGUGGGAGUCGGGGAGAGCCCCGGGCCCGGCUCCUUCUGGACCGCGGUGUUCGACUACGAGGCGAGCGCCGAGGACGAGCUGAGCCUGAGGCGGGGCGAGCGGCUGGAGGUGCUGUCCACGGACGCCAAGGUGUCCGGCGACGACGGCUGGUGGACGGGCAAGAUCGGCGAGCGGGUCGGCAUCUUCCCGGCCAACUACGUGAGCCGGCAGCCGGCCCGGAGCCGAGCCCCGGCGGCUGAGCUGUCGGCACAGGCCGGGGAGGCCCAGCGAGCAGCGGCGGCCGCCGCCGCCACCGAGAUCGAGUUUAGCCAACUGACCCUGCAGGAGAUCAUCGGGGUCGGCGGCUUCGGCAAGGUGUACCGGGGCACCUGGAAGGGGCAGCCCGUGGCCGUCAAGGCCGCCCGCCGGGACCCCGACGAGGAGGCGGGCGCGACGGCGGAGAGCGCCCGCCGGGAGGCCCGGCUCUUCGCCAUGCUCCAGCACCGGAACAUCAUCGCCCUGCGGGGUGUCUGCCUGCAGGAGCCCAACCUCUGCCUGGUCAUGGAGUACGCGCAGGGUGGGCCCCUCAACCGGGCCCUGGCCGGGCGCCGCAUCCCGCCCCGCACCCUGGUCAACUGGGCCGUGCAGAUCGCCCGCGGGAUGUGCUACCUGCACGCCGAGGCCAUCGUACCGAUCAUCCACCGGGACCUCAAGUCCAGCAACAUUCUGUUACUUGAGAAAAUUGAAAAUGAUGAUAUCGCCAACAAGACACUGAAGAUCACUGACUUUGGCCUGGCCAGGGAGUGGCACAAAACAACCAAGAUGAGUGCGGCAGGGACGUAUGCUUGGAUGGCCCCUGAGGUUAUCAAAUCAUCCAUGUUUUCCAAAGGCAGUGAUGUUUGGAGCUAUGGCGUGUUACUGUGGGAGUUAUUGACUGGAGAAGUACCUUAUCGUGGGAUUGAUGGCCUUGCCGUAGCAUAUGGAGUAGCUGUCAACAAAUUAACCCUUCCUAUUCCGUCCACAUGUCCUGAACCAUUCACCAAACUAAUGGAAGAAUGUUGGGACCAGGAUCCUCACGUCCGUCCAAAUUUCGCUACCAUUUUGGAGCAACUCACUGCUAUUGAGGCCACAGUCAUAACGGAUUUACCCCAGGAAUCAUUUCACUCCAUGCAAGAUGAUUGGAAAAUGGAAAUACAGCAAAUGUUUAAUGAGCUGAGGACAAAGGAAAAAGAGUUGCGAUCACGAGAGGAGGAGCUGACGAGGGCAGAGCUCCAACAGAAGUCCCACGAAGAGCUGCUGAAGAGACGGGAACAACAGCUGGCAGAACGGGAAAUUGAUGUGUUGGAACGUGAGCUGAACAUUCUCAUCUUCCAGCUGAACCAAGAGAAACCAAAAGUGAAGAAAAGAAAAGGCAAGUUCAAGAGAAACCGGCUAAAGCUAAAAGAUGGAAACCGAAUCAGUUUACCUUCAGAUUUUCAGCACAAGAUCACUGUUCAAGCUUCUCCAACUCUCGACAAGCGGAAAAGCUUGAAUGGCAGCAGUUAUAGUCCACCGAGCAGCCCCACCAUUAUCCCAAGACUAAGAGCUAUACAGCUGAGCUCCAAAACAGAUGCUGUCAAUUCCAUUGGCAACCGCAACAGCAUAUAUGUAUACCAACAGGAUGUCGAUAUCGCAUGUGAAUAUACAAGCAAAUUCCUCAGUAGGUCUAAGACAAAAGUUACCCUUGAUGAGAGCAAUAGAACCUGGGGUAAAAGCACCAUAUACCGGCAAGAAGAUUAUGAAGAAGAAGUGCAGAAAGCUUGCAAAAAGAAAGGGCGAACUUGGGGACCUAGUUCUAUGCAAACAAAAGAGCGAGCCAGCUGUGAGGAAAGGACAAGGCCUUUGUCAGAUGGAAACAACCCAUGGUCUACAAGUUUGUUGAAGACUCCAACUUUACCUCUAACCUCAGUUUUUGCAAAUGUUACAGACCAUGGUAGCACUUCUGAACAGAUACGAGCAGCUGAUGACUAUGAAAAUCGACCAAAGCAGUCCAAAUUACCUAACCAGGUGUAUAUUGAUCUACCUCUUCGCAAAGAUCAUCAGGGAGAGGGAGAUGCUGGCAGUGAAAGUCAGGAGGAGGUGACACCCAUCAGUUCAGCCAACAGCACCCCACAGGUCACUCCCACAAACAGCCUGAAGCGAUUAACACAGAGGAAGAAAACCGAUAUGGUACUGUAUGGGUGUGCUGUGCUGCUUGCAUCUGUGGCCUUGGGAUUUGAUGUCAGAGAAGUGAAUAAAUCUCAGGCUUCAGAGGAAAUUGAGAUCAAAGAGGAGAAGAAGAAAAAGGAAGGCCUCUUUCAGAGAACCAGCAGGUUCCGCAGAAGCACAAGUCCUCCCAACAGGACAGUCUCCAGGAAGGAAGAGACGAACAUUCCCUCACUAAACUCCCAUUCUGUUAAUCUUUUGUCAAUGUCUUCCAUAUCCAAAUGUAAUUCCACAAGGUCCUUGCUCCGAUCAGACAGUGAGGAUACAUCCAUUUAUAACAUGCCUGUCACCCCGAACACUCUCCCCCAUAGACCAGAAUUCUUGACUGACAAUCCUCCAAAUGGCUCUGUGAAUGGAGUACAUAAGGAUCUGGAUGAAUCUCCUUUAUCGGACUCGGAUGCACCAGGUUUUAUGUGUCUGUCUGAAUCCAGUACACCACCAGAAAAGGGAGCUGCUAACCCCAAUGUAACCCGCCAUGGCCAGUUAUCAUCAGAUGAAAGCCCAGCCACCAAUGGAGAUUCUGACUCCAGUCCUCAUAGAGAAUCAUCAGAGUUCCCACGUCUUCCAGAUCCCAGAACCAUUUAUCCAAUGUCUGGAAGACGAAGAACCCCAAAAAGGGACGCAACACCAGAGAGACCAAAAUCUGGUGACAUGGUACCAAGGCCUCGGCCUUCCUUGUCCCGAAUAAGAAUGGACCCCUGGCGACUCGUGUCUCAGUUGAUAGGCCAAGAUGAGUCAUUAGAAAGCACAGGAGAUGUAAUAGUGACUAGUUCAGACAUAGCUCUUACUACUGAGUGCCAACCCAGUUUGCGCUUUGGUGCCUGCUCUCUACUAGACAUGGACAUGGAAGGCCAGAGCCAGGAUGGCACAGUACCCCUCUGCAAAAGUGAAUCUAAGCCGAGCAGACCAUGUGGCUUUGAACUGGAGAAAGAGUUUCUGUCUUAGCACUCACUGCCUAGGAUACAAGACCAUGCAAACAUUCCCUUUUCAUGAUUUGGGAGCAAAUAUCUAUGAAUGCAAUGAACCACAUUUGGAAAAAGAAAUGUGAACAGAAUGUAAUUUGUUUUAGGUGUCAUGUGAUACUUUUUUUUGUAACUGUAGGUCCAUGGGGUUGCAUCUGAACAGAACAGAUGAAAAGUGUCAUCUCACUACUGUCCUCUUUGUUGACACCUGACUCUCAAUUCUUGGACCCAAGCAGGAUUUUUGAUCUUGGGUCACAGGUACAGAAAGAUGGUCUAAUCCUGCGCCUAGUUCUGGCUCUCAGAUUUGGUAAAGCAAGUGCAUGUUGCUGACAAACCAGAAAUCGAUCUGCUGCAUGUGAAACUGGAUUAUCAGUUUGGCAUUUGGCUCUUGGUGUAUUGCACUUUGAAUGUUCUGAACACAACAAAAAUGUAUCUGAGGUCAUUACAUGUCCAUUGCAUAUUUAAAUUGUAAGUCUAAUCGGGUAUUUUGUCAUUUGCUUAAAAAACAACUCAUUAAUCUUCUUUGCAUUAAACCUCCAAUG